AUGUCUCAGCCAUCAACCCCCAUGCCUUCCCCAGAUGCUUGUUCAUUGAGCACCCUUUCCUCCCCUAUGCCGUCUCAGGAAAAUACUCCUGACACAUCUGCCGGUAGUUCUACGACAAAUUCAUCUCUACUUUACACCUCGCUUAUUGGUACUGUGAACUCUCCCUUCGCUGCCAAUGCAGAGAUGUUAGUGAACAUCCCUAUUAACAAUAACCCCCAUCCUCUUCACUCUGUUUUCAAUGAUGGUGCAAACUAUUGGGUUGGUCCUGAUGGCAAUGUGCUCCGCCUCAUGUUUCUGGUCAAGUUGCACCUCGAGGGCCGUUACAAUAAGUCUGGAGAGUACUUCAAUCUCCCAGAAACAGGUCUUGAUCUCGCUGAUAUCACAAACGCAAAAAUCCAGUUUGAGGUCCUUCCUUUGGACGACAAAGAGAAGAACUGCCCUGUCUUGGUGAUAGGGUGCUCCCAGUUUGCAAUGACGCUUCUCUACGCUCUACAUUCGGAGGCCGAGGAAGCCCACAAUGCAUUGUUGGAUGCAGGCACAAUCCCUCUGAACGUGCCAUUUUGGCGCACCUACAAGGAAGAUGAUAAGUACAGCCUUGUUGUCAUGGCUGGCGCUGCAUUCAAAGAUGUACCAGAUCUGAAAACAGCAAUGACUCCCCAAAUGUCUCGUGCUGAGGCUAUUAAAUGCGCGGGUCUGAUGAGUCCAAGCAAGGCAAGGGCGAAUGCCAAAAAAUUCAGUCAGGUCCUUGACAAUAACGAAGGCAAGAAGUCUAAUAGUUCUUCCUGGCACAUUUGUGACCUCAAAGAUUCAAGGGGUCAAUACUCUGCCUUGUUGAACACAUAUGAUCUACAUGGCACAAGGGUUCAGAGCCCCGACGACCGAGAUGAGCACAGUGUUCACAUUCACGUCAGUGACUACAAGACCAAACUCAAAGAGGGUAUGAUUGUUGAGUUAGAGGUCAUCUUAAAACUGUGGAAUAUCAAACCACGUAGAGACAACCCCAACCCCCGCAAUGUCAAUGGUUCUCAUAUAUACCAGAUCAUGCUGCAACACAUGCAACUUCUGCCUUGCACUAAGUACACUCAGCCCAUUUUUGUGGACUCGCUCAAGGAUAGGAAGGGGAAAAGAAAGGCCACAGAUGAGAUGACAGGGCAGUCGCCCACUAAAAAAGGUUCUUUUACUGGUGUGUCUGACAAGGACGAGUUGGAGUAUACUAUGGUCAAGUAG